GAAGAGAGCGUGGAAAGAUGAAAGGUUUCUUCUUAGCGAUUUCAUUGAUUGCGUCGCUGUUCAUUCGUCUCUCUACUUCGUCAGAAUCGUCGCUUUAUCGCAGUUUGCAGACCAGCGUUUUAUUCCCUCUUUACUUGGAUAGUUGGGACGACCGACGAGCUCCCUUUAUUUGCGCAUUGACCAUUUAAUCCCUUUCUAUUUCAGACAAUCCCCAUGUUGCCCUUAAAAAGUUCUAAGAAAACCAGUUGAUAACCGUUAUAAUCAAUGAAUCUAUGCUAUCCCAAAAAAGCACCGAGAGAGAGAGAGAGAGAUUAGCGGAACUAACGGAAGUUAAAGACGUUGAUGGUUUGUUGACGGGCUUUGACUGAACCACCAGCGCUGGAAUCAGUUCAUGCGCGGGGGUAAUUUGAAAAGGGGAAGAAGACUUCUAAACAACUGUACUGCUUCUGCUUGUACCUUCUCUGUUUUCACUCUAGGGUUUCUCUAGAGCUUCCAAUUCCAAACGGUAGUGGGACACAGGGUCUCGUAGUUGAUCUGUUGGACACUAAUUAUGUGGCGGUCUUUUUGGAGAUCUAUCGAUCGCUUCUCCGUUCAACACUUCAAAUACCUGGUUAAUGAGCUGCAAGAAAUCAAAGUUGUGAACAUGAUGAACAGGGAGUUUGUUGUGGAAUUACUAAAAUCAAUAGUAGAAUUAGUGACAUACAGUGAUCAACAUGACCCAUCUAUUUUUGAGUCAUUUAUGGAAUAUCAAAUUUUAGCAGAGUUUCUUCGCAUACUAAAGAUCAGUAGAAAUUCAAUCAUUGAAGCUCCUUUGCUUCACUAUCUAAGUAUAAUGAUCCAAAACCUGGCUAGUGAACAUGCAAUCUACUAUUGUUUCAGCAAUGACUAUAUUAACAACAUCAUACUGCACCAGUACAAGUUUGAUGGGGGGGAUCUGGUUCCCUAUUACGUAUCAUUUUUAAGAACAGUUAGUGGAAAACUGAACAGAGAUACUCUUUGCCUGCUUGUAAAGGUUCAAGAGGACACUGUAGUCUCAUUUCCACUGUACAAUGAAGCACUUAAAUUUGCUUGCCAUGAAGAAAAGAUGAUCCAGACAGCAGUACGUGCAGUGAUUCUAAAUAUAUACAAUGUUAGCGAUGAAAUGGUCUAUAAAUUCAUAACAACUCCUCCAGUCUCAGAAUAUUUCUCUGACUUGGUUCUGAACUUGAGAGGGAAAUGCCUCCAUCUAGAUGCACUUGUCCAUGCUACAAAAGAUGCUUCCACUCAUGAAAUGAGGAAAAAGUUGCUUUUGGAAAGUGAUAAAUUUGUGGACGAUCUCUACUACUGCAAGGACAUUAUCCUUGUAGGUGAAAGUUGCUUGGGUAGACUGAUGAUCAGAAAUCUUCUCAGCUUAUUGGUUUUACCUAUUCUACUACCCUUGCUGCAGAUCAGCGAAACAGAAAUACAGAUUUCUGCAAUCACUGCCCUGUAUGUAGUUUGUCGUCUUCUUCAGGUUGUUGAUAGCAAAGAGUUGGUUAAUUCUGUGGCAUUUAUAAUUCUAUUUCCUCAUCUGGUAUUGAGUAGGAGAGGUCCUAUUGAAAGGGAAAGAACUGGUGAUACCAGUCCUAGUUCUUUUGAUGACUAUUUAAGUGAAAUGGAAAAGUUAAGCAGUUCCAGUUCUGAAUCAGAAGCAGCAGAAGACAAUAAUAAGAACCCCCUCUUCAGGCAUUUGUCACAGUACUUUUCAUCUAGUUUUCAAUGUGUCAGCUAUGUUAUGGAUGACAUAAAGAGGCAAAGGGCUGGAAUACUUUCACUGAUUUUCUCUGAAAGUCAAAAUCUAUUGCUUGCCUCUAUGAUGUUAUUGCUAGUUCUAUCAGAAAGCAAAGAGCUUGAUUCUUUAUUCUCUUCUAUGCUGGGACUUCCACUAAAGAAGACAGGGGGGACACAAAUGAUGGCCUCUGAGAUGUCACUUUCACAAAUGGUAGAAGCACCCAUCAUUGCAUGUCACAUGCCUCAGAUCCUACAUGGAUUAUUGAAGAUUAUAACAAGCCAACCACCAUGCUCAGUGAUAGCACAAUGGAAUGCUGGGUGGAUUCUGCAGAAGUUAUUAAGUUGUCAAGAAAAGAAUCUUACUGAUCAUGAACUUGAUCUUUUUAAUGUUUCAUAUGAGAGGUCCUGUGAAAGACUUCAUAAAGAGAUAAACAAUUUCUGGUUUGAUUUUAUACCGGUUACUUUGAAGAAUGAAUGGGAAAACUGUAGAAAAGCUCUCACAGAAUCAUCAGAAUUAAAGGAUCCCUUUUUUACUCUUGGGCUUUCUUCUCAGAACCACACGCCUGAUGAGGAUAUGACAUCUUCUCUUGCUUGGGAAAGGAUGGUCAAUGUAGUCAAGGUUUUUCUUCUCCAUAAUCAGCUCAAGGCAUUUAUCUCAAAAGGAGUUCCUUUAGAAAAUCCUCUACCACACUUGGAAAACAGUUCUAUGAGUUUAUCUAGAAGAGUAGAUGCUUCUCCCACAACCUCUGGGACAAAUCUGCACUUAGGUACUAGAGUUCCUUGUAAAAUUGCAUUUUCAAAAAGUGGGGUUCAGGAGAUUUACAUGGUGCCAGUUGUGAAUGGAAUUUCUGGAAAGUUACUUCUCACGGAAGAACUUCCCCUCUAUACACAUCAAAGAGUGGUGAUUGCUAUUGCUCCAUUGGCUGGGCUAAAUCCAAAGGUAGACGACAAUCAUCCAAUGUGGUUACAUUUACGAAUAAGAGAGUUUGACCCAAAUCUUGAUGCAAGGGCAGCCAGCAGAAAUGACUCCAAUAACCAUGUGAUGGAUGGAAAAUGGACGCUUGGUUUUCCAGAUGCCAAGGCUUGUGAAGCUGCUCAUUCAUUGUUACUGAAAGAAAUUAGCAAACAAAGAUCCUCUGUUGAGAGCUUGCUAACUCCGCUCCUCCAAGAUGUCUCUCAGAAAUUUGUCAGAUAGUAUAAAUGAGCGAACCUUUUUUUUUUUUUUUUUGUAUUUUGUAUCUUUGGCUCACUAAAACUGUGUAUUUUACCAAAAAGGAAAAGCAAAUAAAAAAAAAAAAAUCUUUUUUCCA